UCUAGGGGCCUGUGGAAACAUGAAGAGGGUAAAUAGCUGUGUCAAGAGUGAUGAGCAUGUCCUGGAGGAGCUGGAAACAGAAGGGGAGAGGCAGCUGAAAAGCCUCCUUCAGCAUCAACUGGAUACCUCUGUCUCCAUUGAGGAAUGUGUAUCUAAGAAAGAGAGCUUUGCUCCUGGUACUAUGUAUAAGCCCUUUGGGAAGGAAGCAGCUGGGACUAUGACUUUGUCCCAGUUCCAGACACUGCAUGAGAAGGACCAGGAGACUGCUUCUCUCAGGGAACUGGGGCUUAAUGAAACAGAAAUCUUGAUUUGGAAGAGCCAUGUUUCAGGUGAAAAGAGAGCGAGACUUAGGGCAACCCCUGAAGCAAUACAGAACCGUCUUCAAGAUAUUGAGGAAAGGAUCUCAGAGCGUCAGCGCAUCCUUUGCCUGCCACAGAGAUUUGCAAAGAGCAAACAGCUGACCCGGCGAGAAAUGGAAAUAGAAAAUUCUUUAUUUCAGGGAGCUGAUCGUCACUCUUUCCUCAAGGCUCUUUAUUACCAAGCAUACCACAAAAAGACAAGUGCAGACAAGUACAUGACCUCAAUGAAGAGGAAGAUAAAAUUAGGCACAAAAGAUGAACCCCAAAAGAAGAACAAAGGUGAUCCCAUGAACAAGCUGGAAAGUUUUUACCAAGAGAUGAUAAUGAAAAAGCGUCUUGAAGAGUUCCAACUAAUGAGAGGUGAACCCUUUGCUUCCCACUCACUGGUCUCAGCUACAUCAGUGGGAGAUAGUGGCACAGCUGAGAACCCGUCAUUACUCCAGGACAAGGGAAAACAGGCAGCACAGGGUAAAGGUCCCAGUCUCCAUGUGGCAAAAGUUAUUGAUAAUUCACCUGAGCAGUGUUGGACUGGGCCUAAGAAGCUGACGCAGCCAAUAGAAUUUGUCCCAGAAGAUGAGAUCCAGAGAAAUCGUUUGUCAGAGGAAGAGAUCCGAAAAAUUCCUAUGUUUUCUUCAUAUAAUCCAGGGGAGCCAAACAAGGUGUUAUACCUGAAGAACCUUAGCCCUCGGGUGACUGAAAGAGAUCUAGUCUCAUUAUUCGCUCGGUUCCAGGAAAAGAAAGGACCUCCAAUUCAAUUCCGAAUGAUGACUGGACGAAUGAGGGGACAGGCUUUUAUCACUUUUCCCAAUACAGAAAUAGCACGGCAAGCAUUGCGUCUAGUAAAUGGAUAUAAGCUACGUGGGAAAAUAUUGGUGAUAGAAUUUGGAAAGAACAAAAAGCAACGGCCGGAUCUCCAGGCUGCUUCCCUAAUAUCAUCUACUACAGAUAAUACUACUGAAAUCAGUGGCAGUUAG